GCGUUCGUUAAGCAAACAUAACAACAAAAACGUUCGACGAGAAAAUUAUACCGUCUCGUCGUAGAACGUUUUAACGGCCACCGGAAAAUGUACAGCGGAGUGUUUUUAUUAAUUAGCGGACUAGUGUGGUCCGGUGAGUGUUUGCCGCUAAAUCACCGUCAAACGUUGCCGGUGGAGAAUUAUGGCGCGGCCGCCGGGAAAGCGGCGGAGAUCGCCUGGGGCGCCAAUGCGACCCAUGUGGAGGUGCAGUUGACCUUCCCGACCGGCGGCUGGGUGGCCAUGGGGCUGUCGCCCAACGGCGGUAUGGACCAAUCGGAUGUGCUGUUCGGUUAUGUUGAUGCGAAAACACAUGAAGUUGUCGUACAGGACCGUUGGUUAACGGCUGAUAUGGCCACCUACCAAGUCAACCUAGAGAUGGACAAACAACAGGACUGGCAACCGGUAUCCGGCUCGAAGAACGCUAGUUACACGGUGCUGCGCGCCGUCCGCCGCCUGAAGACAUGUGACGAGAAAGACCGCCCGUUCACCAACGCUGCCGGUCCCGUGAUUUACAGCUACAGCUUCACCCAGCCCACCAGUCGCACGGCAGCCGUCCGUAAGCAUGACGUCCGCGGCUCCGUCAGCAUUAAUUUCCUGCAGAGCAAGGAGGAGGACAGGAGCAAAAUGCUGAAGGAUGUCAAUAAAGUCCUGGAGUUCCGCAUGGACAAUGUACAUGUUUCCAGCGAGGCCAGCACACAAUACUGGUGUACGCUGACGCAGAUGCCGGAAUUCGACAAGAAAUACCAAUCUAUCGCCCAUGAGCCGUUGAUAAACCAAGAUAAUUUGCCGCACAUCCAUCACAUGUUAGCCUACACGUGCGACGACAUCCCCGAAGAGCAGAUGAAUGAGAAGACGUUCUUGUGCGGCCCGGAAGACGGAUCGUUUGUGAUGUCGUACUGCAAGAAUCUGCUGGCUGGAUGGGCCAUGGGCGCUGCGCCAAUUGCGUAUCAGCCGGCUAACGUUGGCCAGCCUUUCACACCGGAAAUGUCCGGCAAGUAUGUCGUUGUCCAGAUGCACUACAACAAUCCCGAUCAUGCCGAUUUUAAUGAUGAUUCCGGUUUGCGAAUGAUGCUGACCGAUAAAAUGCGAACAUACGACAGCGCAUCGCUGAUGAUUGGCGCUCUGGAAUUGGACUUUGCUUUUACCCUGCCACCGGAACAGAAAGUAUUCCAACUGCAAGCACAGUGUUCGGAUCAGUGCACUUCAGCAGCGCUUCCCAAAGAUGGCAUCAAGGUUUUCGGCAGCGUAAUCCACAUGCAUACAAGAGGUGUUAGUGGCGUUGUGCGUCACUUCCGCGGACAAAAAGAACUACCACCAUUGGACAUGGACCGUGCCUACGAUUUCAACUUGCAAGCCGGACGGGAGAUCGAUCCGCCACGUGUUAUCCUUCCGGGAGAUCGAUUAGUUUUACAGUGUAACUACACCACCGCCAACGACACGGAACCCGUUUUCGGCGGAGAAGGAUCAAUGGAGGAAAUGUGCCUGGCAUUUUUAGAGUAUUAUCCGAAAACCGCGAUGCACACCUGCGGCGCCAGCUACCCGGUGAUGAAAUACCUCACGAACGGCCUCAUGAUGGACCGCAACGCUUUAACAUCCAUCGGCGCCUCUGUUUCGAGCCAAGCGCGCCAAGCAAUGAGCGGCGGUGCCAACACAAACAUGAUGAUGAAGCAGGAGAUGAUGAGUGAACUGAAAGGUCCCGUGUCGGAUUUUAUCAACGAGAUCUACUGGACACCGGAGAAGGCCAAACCGCUGCAGGAUUUCUAUUUCGCUCGCAAUAAUUACAUCGGAGUCUGCGUUAUGGACGAUGGAGUAAAGCGAGUCGACAACGAUAAUCCACCACCGAUCCGACCGUACGUCUUACCGCCACUCAAUGCCGGCUGUCCAUAAAUGAAUAGCGUAACGUCAAACGAUAACGCGGAAGUCGGAUAAUGCUUAUCAGCAUUUUUGUAUUGCCUUUUUGUUAAACAGUUAUACCGGACAUGAUUGAUGUGUUCUUAACGAAAAUGUGUUCCAGCGUGAACGAUCUAACUAUAAUUAUAAUUUUACCUGGCUUAUCUUUCUGCACGCCAGCGCUUGUAGUUACUCGGUGUCAGUUUUAAAGUAACUGGGAAUAAACAUUUAUGUGGUUUUUCAAAAUAAGAAAUCAUAAACAGCA